ACACUGUUUGAGGUGUGCAACUGCAGUGUAGUUAAAAGUCAAAGUUCUAAUUGGCUGUGGCUGAGGACUGCUGCUCUGAUUGGUUGGUGGUGAUGCCAGUCUUCUCCAGUGUGUGUGUCUGUAUUUAAGGCAGGGAACAGAGACAUUUGAUCCAUUCAGUGUCCUUGGGCCAGGCUUUGUUGCUGGAAAGUGCCAUGGACUCAUAAUUAGACACACCACAGCAGUCCAGAGCAGAGAGCAAAUAUGGAACUUCAAGAUGAACUCGCUGUGUGUUCUGUAAUACACAGCCUGAAGGAUCAGAGAAGCAGAGCUCUUGUGUUUUUGCACGACCACGUUUGCAGCAGGGAUGGACCUGGCUGAUGCAUUGAGGAUGGAGAGCCUGUAUCCAGAACUUGUUUCCCUGACCGCUGAGCCGGAGUUCCUGGGAUCGGGGGUGGCAGGGGCCGCGCCCCUCUCCCUGCUGUUUGUGCUGAAGGAGGAGGAGGAGGAUGGGGGCUUCACACUGCCAGAGCACAGCCUGCUCCACUCCCACAAUACCUGUAUAUCUGAAAUGGACUGGAUGGGAGAAGACAUGGACAUUCACCUCCUGGACACCCUUGUAGAGGACUCACCAGUGAUCUCUCCGGCUCUGUUGGGUGCGGUGGAGAGAACCUCGAAACUCCUCCCUGCUCCCCGCGGCCUCCUCGAAACAGAAGCCGAGCCGGCAUGUCUGGGCUUGUCCUCGACGACAGAUCAGGUGGCUCCCUACACCCCACCUCUAUCCCCUCGUGUGCCCGCAGGAACAGCAGGCAGCACCCCUGUGACUAAUUAUCCCAAUAACACUGCAGAACUAGCAGGCUGCCAACUGCCUGAUACAGUGGAAAUCAAGGAGAUUCGGUGCAAUUCUUUAUUUCUAAUUGACCAUUUGCUGGUGCCUGUAAGAGACCAGGGCUCAGGUGUUCUUACAUCAGAACCCAUAACAGUUACCCCUGUUGGGGCAGAACCCUCCCCCAACUCCCCUAAGAGGAGGGGGAGCUUGCUGAGGCUUCAAAAGGUCGCCCGUUCCUCCGCCCCCUCUUCCCUGGGCAGAAAGUUUAAGAAGAAGGAACAGAAUAAAAAUGCAGCGACACGGUACAGGCAGAAGAAGAGAGCCGAGAGAGGCUUGAUGGAAAGUGAGUGUUAUGAGCUGCAGUGCAGGAAUCGGGAGCUGACAGAGAGGGCGGAAUCGAUAGAAAGGGAGAUCCAGUGUCUGAAAGAGUUGCUGGAGGAGAUUAAGAAAAGGAGGACUAGCUGUGAGAGCGUGGGGGCACCUGCUCCUGCAAACCAGACUGGGCAUCAGAAAGCACCUGCUUGAAGGGCUUUUUCUUGGGUAGAAAAAAACCCUAAUCAGUGAAACUGUUACUGCAUUCUGCUUUUUAAUACUGCCUGAAAUCCGUGACAGAACUUACAAAGGACUGUCUCUCGUCAUGGCCAAUAGUGUCAUUGCCAUCAGUUCGUUAAAUUAUUACUUUAAUUGAAAAUGACCGUGUAACUGUAGGCUGUACACAGUCCUAUGAUAUUGCAUGCUAACACAGGUUUUAAAUGUGUAUAAUUAACAGACAUGUUCCAAAAUGUGAUCUUCCAUCUCUCCUGGUUUCUCUAUAACAAUGCAGAGCAUGUGCAGCCAACAAGUUGAAAAGGUUUUGGUAAAUAAAGGUAUCCAAUGCCUAACCAGCCUGUGCUUUACAGCAGGGGGGUGGGGGUAUAAUUGAGAUGAAAUAUCUCUGGGAACUAAAAAUAUUUUUUCAAUUUGUGUCAUAUGGUUCCAGUAGGUAUACAAGCCCGGUUGUCGGUCUCUGUGUCAGCAGUUCCACUUUGGUUAGGUAUGUGUACAGCAGGUUAUGCACAGAUCUAAAAAUCUAGAAUAAUGUUUUGAUGUUUAAAGAACGUAAGCACAUCUGGGAGGAGGG